ACUACGAGUCCCGGCAUGCGCUGCGGCGCUCCGCCGGCCGCCGCCUCCCGGCUGCGGACGCCUGCGAGCAGGUUGUUGUUUUUAGUGAGGCGUCACUGUGCUCCGGGCUGUGACCAACGCCACCGCGACAGUCAACACAGUCGGGCGGAGGUGGCGCUGCCCGUUCAGACCUGGAAAAUGUCUGAAAAUUCCAGUGACAGUGAUUCAUCUUGUGGCUGGACUGUCAUCAAUCAUGAGGGGUCUGAUACAGAGAUGGUGAAUUCUGAACAUGGUACAACCAGUGACAGCUGUGAGCUCGCUCCAGAAUGUACAUCUUUAGAGCAAGAGGAGCUACAAGUAUUGCAGCCAGAGCAGGGAGAGAGUAGCCAGAAUGACACAGUGUUAAUGGGAGAAACUGCUUAUCCAGCUUUGGAGGAAACAAAGUCAGCACUUGAGAGAGAAGAAGCAAAGUCAUCUGAAGACAAUGUCUAUUUUGGAACUGUCAGUGAUGAUUCUGAUAUUGUUACCCUUGAGCCACCUAAGUUAGAAGAAACUGGAAAUCCGGAAGCUCUAAUUGUUGAAGAAGUGCAGAGUCCAGAAGACUUUAACAUGGGGUCUUCUUCCAGCAGCCAAUAUACAUUUUGUCAGCCAGAAACUGAAAGGUGGUGGGAGAAGCUGUGGAAGAUUCCUGAAUGCAUAAGGGGAUGGGAUGAUCAGCUGAAACACCAUGUUCCUAGCCAACUCGCUUUCCAAGUAUUUUCAUCCCAGCCUAGCGACAACGAAUCAAGUAGUGAUGAAACCAGUCAUCAGCCUAGUCCUGCUUUUAGACGCCGCCGCGCAAGGAAGAAGACUGUUUCUAGUUCAGAAUCCGAAGAACGGCAACUCCCUGAACAAGAAACUGACCCAUCUAAGGAGCUGUGUAAACGCCAGUUCAGCAGUGGUCUGAAUAAGUGUGUUAUACUUGCUUUGGUGAUUGCAAUCAGCAUGGGAUUUGGGCAUUUCUAUGGUAAACAUGGAGUUAACAAACGAGAAGGCACAAUUCAGAUUCAGAAGCGUCAGCAGUUAGUCAGAAAGAUACAUGAAGAUGAAUUGAAUGAUAUGAAGGAUUAUCUUUCCCAAUGUCAACAGGAACAAGAAUCUUUUAUAGAUUAUAAGUCUUUGAAGGAAAAUCUUGCAAGAUGUUGGGCCCUUACUGAAGAAGAGAAGAUGGCUUUUGAAACUCAGAAAAAGAACCUUGAUACAGAAAAUCAGCAUUUAAGAAUAUCUCUGGAGAAGGAAGAAAAAGCCUUAUCUUUAUUACAGGAAGAGUUAAGGAAACUAAGAGAACAGAUUAGGAUAUUGGAAGAUAAAGGAACAGGUACUGAAUUAGUUACAGAAAAUCAGAAACUUAAGCAGCAUCUGGAAGAAGAAAAGCUGAAGACACACAGCUUCCUUAAUCAGAGGGAAACUCUUUUGGCAGAAGCAAAGACUCUAAGGACGGAACUGGAGAGAGAACGACUAGUAACUAUGGCUUUAAAGGUGGAACUCCAGCAGUUAAGCUCUAGUGAGUCAUACGGCAACCCAGACUCUCCCAAUGUAUUGACUGAAAAAAAGGAAAUAGAAGUCCUACGGGAAAGACUCACUGAACUGGAGCAGAAGCUAACCUUUGAACAGCAGCGUUCUGAUUUGUGGGAAAGACUAUAUAUUGAGGCAAAAGAUCAAAAUGCAAAACAAGAAACCGAUGGAAAAAAGAAAGGGAGCAGAGGAAACCACAGGGCUAAAAAUAAAUCAAAGGAAACGUUUUUGGGUUCAGUUAAGGAAACAUUUGAUGCCAUGAAGAAUUCUACCAAGGAGUUUGUGAGGCAUCAUAAAGAAAAAAUUAAACAGGCAAAAGAAGCUGUGAAAGAAAAUCUGAAAAAAUUUUCAGAUUCAGUUAAAUCCACUUUCAGGCAUUUCAAAGAUACCACCAAGAAUAUCUUCGAUGAAAAGGGCAAUAAAAGAUUUGGUGCCACAAAAGAAGAAGCAGUGAAAAAAUCAACAGUUUUUAGUGAAUAUUUACACCCACAGUAUAAGGCACGUACACAAAACCAGAAUAAAGGCCCUACUACGCAAAGAGAGGGAAGGAAAGAAAAGCCAACUCACUUUGAAGAAUUUAGAAAAAAUACAAAUUCACAGAAGUGCAGUGCUGAGCAUGACUGUAGUGAAAAUUAUGAUUCUUUCAGAAAAUCUUGUUCUGGUGUAUUUGAAUGUGCUCAACAGGAAUCCAUUAACCUUUUUAAUAUGAAAAUGUUGAAUCCUGUAGGGAUAGAUGAGUUUAGACAGUUAAUUGAAAGGUAUUUAUUAGAAAAACUGGAUAGUUUUCAUCACUGGAAAGAACUUGAUCAAUUCAUCAAUAAGUUUUUCCUAAAUGGUGUCUUUAUACAUGAUCAGAAGCUCUUCACUGACUUUGUUAAUGAUGUUAAAGAUUAUCUUAAAGACAUGAAGGAAUAUCAAGUAGAUAAUGAUGGAGUGUUUGAGAAGUUGGAUGGAUAUAUAUAUAGACACUUCUUUGGUCACACUCUUUCCCCUCCAUAUGGACCCAGUCGACCAGAUAAAAAGCAACGUAUGGUAAAUAUUGAAAACUCCAGGCAUCGAAAACAAGAGCAGAAGCACCCUCAGCCACAACCUUAUAAAAGGGAAGAUAAGGAAACAGAGGCACAAGGCUAUACAGUUCACUAAGGAUCAGAGCCAAUUACAGAAGGUAUGUUUCUCAGAGUUAGUCCUGUUCUGGAUAGAACUGAGGGAAAUUCAAAUUAGGCAAGAGAAGUUACUGUUGAUUGAAAAAAUGGCUGCAGUUAUCACUCUUCAUGUCCAAUCUCUACCUGAGCUUGAAGUUUCUUUCUCAUCUCUUGAAUCUGGUCUGGCUUUGCGACUUGCUUUGACCAAAAGAAUGUGGUGGAAGUGAUAGUGAGACAACUACAGACAUAGUAAGUUCUAAGCCAAUGAGUUUUAAAGGUGUCUAUUAUAAAGAAAUUGCUGGCUGAGUUGUUAUGUUUAUCUAAAAAUCAGGUGUUUAAAACAGGCCAAAAAAAAGAAUAAAAACUUGAGAUUUGAGGUACAGUAUAACUCAAGAUUUCAUAUAGUUAGAAAAGACACAAAUUAGGCCAUUUAGAACAAUUCUGAAAAGAACUCUUAUCUGACAUUGCUCCUGAACAUCCAAAGACUAAUGUCCUGGUGAGCUCACUAUGGACUCUUAGUGGGAAUACAAGUCUCUUCAGGUCCAAUUCAAGGACCUUAGGAAUGUGUCCAAAGGAGGGAUCACAUUCUUUGAGAAAAUGAGGGGUUUUGCUAGUUCCCAGUUUUAGGGAUCCUUCUGAGUGGACAAAAUAUGGAACAAAUGCUGAUUCUUGUUCAUUAGAAGGAGAUCCUCUUCAAACCUCAUCAGCAUUUUAUCUCAAUCUUUGGAAUUGGAAACAGGUUACCAAGAAUGUGCCACUUAAAAGAUUCAUUCUUUUGGACUGGGAAUGAGGAUUCAGACAACCCAGUCUUUCUCUAAAACACUCUGUAAAGACAUGGCACAGAAGUGGAAUGCUAGAAAAACCUUAAAUUAUAAAAAUGAAAUGAAACCAAGUUCCUAAACUAACCGAAUAACACACACAAAUAUUUGACUUCUGGACUUGAUUUAAUUAUAACUCAACUACAGCUCAAGUGGUGGUAAAGAAAAAUUUUAAAUCUGAAUAGUGAUUCAUGAGCAGAUGUGCAGAUUUGCUCUGAUGAAUCCGCCCACUAUUCUUAAGACUUGACAAAUAGCUGUUCAAUGCCUAUAAUUUGUGCCUGCAUCUAUAUAUGAAGUGAGACUAUAAAGUCAUAACACAAAUGAACUUUGGUUUCAGUAAUUCAGAUGUGUCAAAUAUUUGGAUGUAUGUGUGUAUACAUAUAUAAGUUAUAUAUGUGUGUAUAUAAAUUAUAUAUGUAUUUGUAUAUAAAUUAUGUUUGUAUCUCAGUUGGAGACAGUACAUAUAGCUGAGAUAGUGUAUACUUGAUCAAAGCUGGCUGCUUAACCCAGUGGAUGGUUUGGUGUUUUGUUGUUUUUUUAGGUCAAAAGUUUGAUAUCAUUAACUCCCUAGUUUUUUCCAGCCUCCAGUCUCCAUUGUAUACUUAUUUCUUCCCUCCCCAGUAGUGAUUUUUUUUUUUAAUAUUUGAGGGAAGCCAAGUCAUUUAUUCUGAAUUAAACUUGAAGUUAAUAAAGUUUCAAUUCAUAUUUUUUCCAAACCAACCAAUGUAAAAAUUCACUUUCUCCAGAGAUCAGUGCUAUAAGACUUUGUAGAAGUCACAUGUAAAAAAAAAAAUUAUUCCAAAAGACCUAGUGGAAAAAUGGAGAAAAAGCCAAAAAUAAAAUCAGAGGCAUGGAUCACUUUAAAAAUUGCGUAUGCAUUAGAGUGAAUCUUAAAGUGGUAGAUGUGUAUGAAGAAGCAUUAAAAAGUAGUUUCAACAGCUGUAAAUAUAUUUUUCAUUUGUCAAAUGAAGAAUUCCAUAGUUUAAUCAUAAACAAAAUGCUAUUAUAAAAUAGACAUUUCAUUACUUUAGAAUAAAAGAGUCCUACAGCCAGAAACACCAACACCUUUGGAUAUUAAAUCCUUAUGUUUUUAUAUCACAUUUUAGGACAUAGGAAAAAGUAUAUUUAGGCAGUAAAAAGAAUACUGGAGUAGUCUACCUUGUAAUUAAAUAGCAACUCAUUUAGUUUAGUUGAAAACGUAUUUUAGUGUUUAAGGAAAAUUUAUUAUCUAACCUAUUUCUACAUAAAUGCAACUUUUUCUAUAUUAAACAAAAAUACUUACCACAGAACACCAUACAAAAUGGUAAAACUGGAUAGAUAAACCUGAAUUCUUUGUGGCUCAACAUGCUAUAAUAAAAAAAAGAUAUUAAGAGAAUUACACAACAACUUGAGAAGUAAAUAUAUUUAAAAUGAAAUAUUAAUCUGUUUUUCUAAAUACUGAGACUGAAUUUCCUGCUUCAGGAUGCAGUCUCAUUAUUUUUUAGUUAAAAGGUGAUGAAGUGUUAAAAGUAAUACUAAUAUUUGAGGUCAAUGUGAAAUUCUAAAGUACAAUUACAUUCUAAAAAAGAUUUCUGUUACCAACCCAAUUAAGUCAUAUUACUCAAAUUUGGAAUAAAGAUACAUACAUUUUCAUUUAAAAAUAUUUUUCUAGUCCUUCAAUACUUAAAAUUUUGGUAGUUUCAAAUUUUAAGAGCAAAUGAAGUUUUUUCAACUCCUUGAAAACUGAAUGUAAUGCUUGUCAAGCAAACUAUACAUAUCAGAAGUAUUCAUUCUGAGCAUCAGCAUAAUUAUUACCUUUUCUAUCUGCUAAAUAAUCUCCAGUAAUAAAUCAUAAGAGUCAAUACAUAUCCAGAAGAUAAACAGUUUACUUUUUGAAGAAUUUAAUUUGAAUUCUUGGUAACAUUAAAUAAAUUAAUUACUUGAACAAAUAAAAUCUUACCUAUAAACUAGCAGUGUCCAUAGCACAGUUACCAAAAGUAUUCGGUACCUCUUUGGGGCCAGAAAGCAGCCAUGAAUAAAGAAGGGUAAGUGAGUACCCAAGACAGCUGGAAAUCCUUGACUAAAGUACCAAUGCCAUGGAUGAGAACCAUAAAAUGUUCCCAAAUUCUGAAGCACGUUAAAUUUCAAAAAGUUAUAUUGAACCAGGGUCCACUGGCAUAGUUGAUGGAAAGAAAA